GUGUCAUUUGAAGACGUGGCUGUCAACUUCAGUCCGGAGGAGUGGAAAGGCCUUGACCGUGCUCAGAGAGCUCUGUACAGGGAGGUCAUGUUGGAGAUCUACAACAGCCUCUUGUCUGUGGGAUACUGCAUUAGCAAACCCGAGGUGAUCGUCAAGUUGGAGCAAGGAACAGAGCCAUGGAUGGUGGAGAAACCCCUAAGCCGGAGCUGGUCAGUUGCUCACAGAAAAGAUGAUCUGUUUAAAACCAACCAGAAAAACCAAGAAAUAAAUUUAAGGGUGCUAGAUGAGAUUCAAGCUGGGGAGAAAUGUGGUGGCCAUUCCGUACCUGGAAACUCGCUCCAGUGUCAGGAAGAGCGUGAGCAAGGGGAAGACUUUAGCGGCAAGACAACGUCCCUCGCCUGUGCAAGUGUUCAAAUGGGAGACACCUGUAAGAAGUCAACUAUCGUGGAAGGAAAUGUACCUGAGACUGGACAUGACGCUCCCCGUGCAAAUUCCUACCUCAGUAAACCUCAGCAAAGGCGCACAGAACAACUCCAUAAAUCUUUUCAGAAUGUGGAAACCCUCGUUUGUGAUUCAGAUCUUAAAAGAAACCAAAAAACACACGAAGGAAACAAGCCCAGUGCGUGUCUGCCCUGUGGGGAGUCUUCCAGCUCUAAAUCCUUUCUUACUGCCCCUCACAACACGAACGCAGAGAAAAAAGCUGAAGAAAGCAUUUGCCAGAAGUCAGACCUCACUAAAAAUCAGAGAAUUCGCUCAGGGGAGGCAUCUUUUAAAUGCAAUACAUGUGGGAAAGCCUUCUACCAGAAGUUGAAACUCAUUGCACACCAGAAUAGUCACAAAAAGGAGAAAACUUACGAGUGUAAGACAUGUGGAAAAGGCUUUUGCUGGAAGUCAAAUCUGAUUACACACCAGAGGAUUCACACAGGAGAGAGGCCUUAUGGAUGUAAUACCUGCGGAAAAGCCUUCCGCCAGAAGUCGCAGCUCAUUAAACAUGAGAGGGUUCACACAGGAGAAAAACCUUACAGGUGCAAUACAUGCGGAAAAGCCUUUGGCCAGAAGUCCCAACUCAUGAAACAUCAACAAAUUCACACGGGGGAGAAACUUUAUAGGUGUAACACAUGUGGAAAAACCUUUGGCCAGAAGUUGCAACUCAAGACACAUCAAAGAAUUCACACAGGGGAGAAAACCUACGAAUGUAAUGUAUGUAGAAAGGGCUUUUGCCAGAAGUCAAAUCUGAUUAGACAUCAGAGCAUCCAUACCAGGGUGAAACCUUAUGAGUGUGAUGAAUGCGGAAAAGCUUUUUCCCGGGAGCCAGACCUUAUUAUACAUCAGAGAAUUCAUGAAGGAAAGAAACUUUAUGAAUGUAAUACGUGUGAAAAACCUUUCUCUCAGAAAUCACAGCUCAUUACCCAUCAGAGGAUCCACACUGGGGAGAAGCCCUAUGAAUGCAAUACGUGUGGAAAAGCCUUUCGACAGAAAUCGCAACUCAUUACACAUCAGAGGAUCCACACUGGGGAGAAGCCUUAUGAAUGUGACACCUGUGGGAAAGCCUUUCCCUGGAAGUCACAAUUCACUACACACCAGAGAAUGCACCUACAGGAGAAAUCUUACGCACAUGAUGAGAUUAGGAAAGGCGUCCACCAAGAGCCAGACCUCACUACGUUUCAAAACGUUCACACCAGGGUGAAGCGUUACGAAUGUAACACGUGUGGAAGAGCCUUUUGCUGGAAGUCCCAACUCAUUAAACACCAGAUCAUUCACACAGGGAAGAAGCCAUACGAGUGUGAUACCUGCGGGAAAGCCUUCCUCCAGAAAUCCCAAUUCAUCGCGCAUCAGAGAAUCCACACGGGGGAGAACACUUAUGAGUGUGACACUUGUGGGAAAGCCUUUCCCUGGAAGUCCCAACUUGCUACCCAUCAGAGGGUUCACAUGGGGGAGAAGCCCUACGAAUGUGCCUUUGCACGGAGCUAA